CACCGUGUAUGGACUAGACUGGUGGCCAAGUUCGAGUUCGCAAAGCAAGCAAAUCUACGAAGCGGACAGUUGUUCAAACAGCUAUCAUAUCGCGUGUGAAGUGUGAAGACACCGAAAUUGUGCGCUUGUAGUAUUCGGUGAUUUUUGUGAUAUUUGUGUAUAUGUGUAUGUGCACCGGGACUUAGAAUAAUGUACAUGUCAUCUAGAUUUGCCUUUACAUUGUUGUUGUUAAUACGAACAGUUCUGCUCAGUGUCAGUGACCAUGUGGAAAUAAAAUCUGAGGGUGAAUCUAACAACGAAACCAACGUUGAACAUUUUGGUCUAAAUACAAAGGAUAUAUUGCAUAAUGUUAUGCCUCAGAGAGUGGCCAAUUCAUUGCCUACCUAUGCCAAGGCCUUGGCUUAUAAUGGGACCACAAAAGAUAACGUAAUACUGCACAGCGAUGAAUACCUGGAACGUAAUCAGCGGCUUUGUUUCGAGAAACGAAGCUUGCUUUCCUGUAUUAAAUACAGAGCUUCGAAAAUAGUUUGGAUGUUGGCUACCAACAAGCUUGGCUACUUCCCCAAUGAGUACAGUCGUGCAUUGGCGGAGGAUCAACGUCGAGUUCGCGUCAUACAGCUAGGGGAGCCGGCUGAUAUUAUGGUUUUUCACGAUGCUCGGAGUUUACAAGGUGAUAGUGAGUUUGUGAGCAUAGCGAAGUUUCUCAAACGUGCAGCCGAGACCUUUAGCCGCAAUCAUGCCGUACAAGUGAAGUUAUCCAGCGAAACAGGUGCGCGCAUCGUGGACUCCGAAGUUGAUGGGCGUUCACGCCAUGACCGCAAGCGCCGCAAAUGGCUCGUCAUACUGCCACUCAUCAUUCUGCUGAAAAUCGCCCACCUCAAAAUGAGCGUUGUGACUCUGCUGCUAGGCGUUCUUGGGCUGAAUGUGCUGUUGGUGGGCGGCAUGGGCUGGUUGAUACACUAUCUAAAAUUCAAGACUUUGUGUAAAAUACAUCCGCAUUUGGUGCAGUCGCAUUCGCACGUCUACGACUCCGAUCUGGCUGUUCACUCUGAUGACGACACACGCGGACAGAUUAUUCCUCAUUCAUUGGCAGUAGCUUUCCUGGCUCCUAUUAUAGCGGCGCUGGUGGCGGUAUUCAUGAAGUUAACGCAAAAGACUGGGCCACAAGUAAGGCGUAUAAUGGCGGCAAUUAUUUGGACACCAUUAGUAAGCGGCUGAAAUAGCUCAAAAUGAUGUUCUGGCGGUAUUUGUUGAACCUUUGGCGAAAAUAUUAUGUGCGCUACUAUCGAUUUUAUGUACAGGUAAUCGGAAAUCUAGGGUAGACAUGUUGCUAUUAGUUAUUUGAUAUUUAUAUUUAUUCAAAAGCUGUAGCAAGUCAGAUUAAGCUGAAGUCUUUUGUAUAGUAUAAAUCAGUUUACCCGCUUUUGCAGUAGUGAGUAUGUAUCUAUAUAUGUAUAUCCAGAUUACCAGAGGCUACUGAAGCUUAGUAGCAACCAAAGUUAUCCAAUAUUUUACACUAAGCUUUCCUUUUGUUUCUUUCAAACGUCUAUAAUUUAACUUUAUAUGAACUUUAGCAAAAAACGAUAAGUGGUUGUCAUUUUGCUCGCCUUAAGAUGACUGUGUGCACAUCCCGUAGUUUUUAUCUGAGAAGUUCUUUUGAAAGUUUUUUUAAAACACUGUUGGAGAAUUAAGCAAUUAAGAAGUUUGCACAACGUUGACUUAAAUUAGUCUUGAUAAUGAAGUGUAAAGAUCAAAAAAGGUUAAACUGAGCUAAAUCUGUUCGAAGGAAUCGGCCUUAGCUUUUUCUAUUAGAUAGGCAGACAGCAGUUUUGCACACACAUCUUGAUAUAGUCAGUAUUUAAUGAAAAGAACAUAAGAACACCAAUCUAUAA